GGAGUGGAGCUCGAAGAAGCUAACAAGCAGCUGUUCCUGACGACUACUGGAAAUUGCACUACAUCAAACAAACUGAGUUUGAAUACCCUGGCCUUGUCGGCAUACUAGCCCAGCCAUCACAUUUCUUUUGACAACACAAAAAAAACAAAAUGUGGACAAGAAGGAGAAAUGUAUAAAUUAUUUUACAAAGAGCCGAAAUGCAAGGGUUGCUUACAAUAUGUGAAUCAUAAAUUUCGAGCAGCAGUAGGAUCAUCCAAAGCCUUACCCCGGAAUGCUAAUAUACUUUUAGUGUUUGAUGGCAGUGCACAAGCUGUUGUGCUAUUAGAUAUUCUACAAAAGGCACACACAGAAACAAGUUUUAAAAGGCUGCAUUGUGAUUUUAAAAUUCUCUUUAUUGAUGAUUGCGCUCUGACUCCAAGGCACAUAAGGGCAUCGAAUUCUAUUAGUUACGUUCAAAAAGUGCAAGAACUUUUUUUGAGUUAUAAAGGUCCAGAGGCUUAUAUUAUUAAUUUAAGUUGUGAAGAACACCAGAAACCAUUUGAUAUUAUCAAUUUAGGGUCGUACUUGUCCCGAGGAACGGACAGAGAAAUAGUAUUUACGAAUACUUUGCUUAAUAUUCGAUCAUCAACUAGCCGCAGCGAGGUUAUAAAGGUGCAUCGUAAUAAAUUGAUCGCAUCUGUAGCGCAGGGUCUAAAUUGCAAAUAUGUCUUUAUACCUUCGAUUAAUGUCAAUAUAGCAGCUGAUCUAUUGGCAGCGAUCGUACUUGGGCGUGACAACGACGCUGCUUUGGAUGUUGCAUUCCUUGACGAUCGUAUGGGAAAUGGUGUAAAGUUCAUGCGCCCUAUUAAAGAUCUAAGCGAAUGGGAAGUCAUGCUGUACAUGCACGGUAAAGGCUUAAAACCGAUCAAAACACCUUUUAAUUCCCAAUCAACAGUGUCGCAAGUUUGCAAGGCGUUCGGAACUAUUGAUACAAAAUCUACAAAAAAAUUACGAUUCAACGGUUUCAACAAUAUUUCGUACCGGAUGUAAAAUAGCAUCGAAUAGUUAUACCAGACCAGAUGAAAAAGAGCUAUCCAAUGAAAUUGGGGGCUGUAAUAGCAGAUUUGAUUUAU